AGUUACAACUUACAAGCAUCAAAGAAGUAAAUAGUAUUUGUUUUCCUUUUUACCAAAUAUACUCCAUCUAUUUCUUUUCUAAGGCCACCCAUAGGAAACCUCCCAUGGCGGUCGCUGCCUCAUGGUUGAUCGUCGCGUUUUUAUUGCUUGGCAUACACUCCACAGAGGCACAAAUUGGAGUAUGUUACGGAAGGUUGGGAGAUAACCUACCAUGCGCAGAAGAAGUGGUUAACCUCUACGAAUACUACAACAUAGGGGCAAUGAGACUCUACGAACCCGAUUUACCGACACUCGAAGCCCUACAAGGAACCAACAUCCAACUCAUGUUAGGGGUCCGAAACCAAGACAUUUCGUGUAUCGGGUCGGACCAAUCGAACGCCGACGAUUGGGUCGAGACUAACGUCCUCCCUUACGCUACAACGAUCAAGUACAUCGCGGUCGGAAACGAGAUCAAACCGAACAGUACGGAAGCCCCGUGGGUCGAACCAGCGAUGCAAAAUAUUCUACGUACACUAAAUGCAAACGGGUUAGGAACCGAAAUUAAGGUAUCCACGGCGAUUGAUACGGGCUUAAUAAAAAACUCGUAUCCGCCGUCUAAUGCCGAAUUUAGUAACUUAACUUACAUUACUCCAAUCAUAAAUUUCUUAAGAGUGAAUGACUUUCCAUUAUUAGUAAACAUUCAACCUUACAUUGCUUAUAUGAAUGCCCCAAAAGGUAGUAUUCCACUUGAUUACUUACUAUUUAGGGAAACUCAUUGUGUGCUUAAUGAUACUUAUAAUGGGGUUAAUUUAUGUUACAAGAACUUAUUUGAUGCGAUGUAUGAUGCGAUGUAUAUAGCGACACAAAAAGUUUGUGAGUGUCAUAAUAAUAGCAAUAAGACACUCUGUCAAGAUAAAAAGAGCAUGAGUAAUUAUAAACCGGUUCAACAGGCGGUUUCCGAAAGUGGACAAUCAUCCGGUAAAUUCAAGAAGCAUCAUAGGUUUCCGGUAAACUUUCCGGCGAACUUUCCGGCAAAUGGCGACGGCGAUGUUGUGACGACGGUGGAAAAUGCAAAGACAUACUACAAGAAUUUGAUCAAGCAUGUGAAAAAAGAAGGUACUCCUUUGAGACCAGGGGCAAUUGAGACAUACUUAUUUGCAAUGUUUGAUGAGGAUAAGAAACCCGGGGAUGAAUCGGAGCGGUUUUAUGGGCUUUUUACUAAUGAUGGACACCCUAAGUAUGGAAAACUUGAUUUUAGCUGAUAGUAGCUAGUAGAGCUGUCAAAACAGGUUAUCAGGUUGGAUGCGGACCGGGUCAUCUCAGGUCAUGAUCAUGUCGAGUCGGGUCACUUUAUUAUUUGGGUACAAGUCGAGUUCGGUUGGGUUUGUUUUCGGAUCACAAGGUGAGUUUCCAACAGUUUCCCCAUAUAUGUGGCGAGUCCAUUAUUCUUACUAAACAUGUCACUUAUGAUGUGUGCGUGUGUUCGUGUGUGCGUGUUGUAUGUGAAAUUGGACAUAUGAUGUAAUAAGUAUUAUAUAUAGAACAUCUUUUCAUGUUUGUUGGAGUGGAACUUUGUUGAGGGAUGAAUUAAAUAAAAAAUUAUGAUUUUCA